AUGUUUCUUAGUCGCCCCCAGCUGAUCGACUACAGCACGUUUCGUGCCACGGUGAACCUGAAUGGAUCCACACCAAGAAUACAAGACGAUAAUCAGAUCGGAUCAUGCAAGUUACGUACAGCGUCUCAACAUGAACGGCGAAAGGCACUUAUCCGGGAACAUCAAGAGCAGCUGGAACUGAAUCGCAGGCAACCUGACAGAACCACAAGUGUCCGGUCUUCUCUGGUUUUGCGGGUUCCAGGCAGCCAAGACCUCGGAGACGACUCUUCAGAGUCUGACGUCGUUUUCACCAUGAAGGUAACCAAACCGGCCAAGCUAUUCCGCAGACGACGAACUCUUCACACGAGCAGCACAGGUUUGAGUGCCUGUAGCACAGUAGGAUUUGCCAACAAACAGGCACGCUCUGUAGAAACUGUCAGCUGGUUUGAUGAGAGCAUGACGUUGUAUUCCAUGGCGGCACAUCUCUCGGACGAUAUCACAGAACAAUUGAAUCCUACAUGUCCUACCGGUAUGGAUGUUGUUCCUGCUCUGAAAGAGGACCCACCCGCAACCACCAACGCGAUGUUCCCCACAACCAAGGCCGACCCAAAGGAAGAAGACCAUGUCGAGCCAAGCGCCGAAAUCACCUGCAUGGCCGUAGCUAACAACCACGAUUCGUUCCAAACCAAUGCUACCGCGCCCAACAUGAUUGACCCCAAACCACCGGCUUUUGUGAAAGUCAUCUACCUCAAUCUGGAAACCCAAGAAGAACCGAUUCAGGAAGAGAACUCGAGGAGGUCGGAUAAGAUGCAGGAGACCAUGAACGCCAAACUCGAUGCAACAGGCUCCUCGCACAGCGAUAGAUCCAUUUUAGAUUCGAGCCAACACAGCAAAGUGGCUCCGUCUAUGGCCUAA